UGUAUUUUUAGAAGUGCCACCCAGUACCACCCUGUGCAGCCACCUGUGGUGAUCCUGCAUACAGUUUUGGAAACUUUUUUCCUCCUAAUACUAUAAUGUGACCAUCAUGUUAUGGUAAACUUUUUAUAUCAAUAAAUAUAGCUCUUCGUCAUUUUGAAGGCUGCAUAGCAUUCCAUGUGCCAGAAUGUGUUUAACCAACCCUCCCCCCUGUACUGACGAGCAUUUAUAUUGUGUCCAUGUUUUUGUAUCAUUAUGCAUGCCACAUGAGUGUCCUUACAUAUAUUUAUGAAUGUAAGUAUUCUUUAGGUCAAAUUCCUAAGAGUGGAUCACCUGGGUUAAAGAUGUCACUGCACUCCAGCCAGAGACCACUGGGACCAGUGGCUGAGCAAGUUGGGUUUAUUGCUCGUUACAAAAAUGAGCCAGGCACAUGCCACAGGAAGCCCUGAGCAUCUCAGUUGGAGGGUCUGCGGAAGGCUGCAGGCAAAGGAUUCGGACUUGGGUUAGUCACUCCAGGGAGGAUUUCAGGAAGCUGGGCUUUGGUCUGGCAAUUCUAAGACUGGGUGCCUCGAUAAAUCUGACCUACAAGAAGAGAGGACUGGAGUAAGAGAAAGCUGCAAGCGGUAGAGAAGCAACAGUCAUGCAUAUUAGCCAGAACUGAGAGAGAGUUGGUCCUUUUUUGUGGUUUGGAUGAUGUCCAGUGUGGCUGCAGACAUUUGCGGAGUGGGCUGGUUUUUGUUUUUUAAUUCACUGCAGUCCAAGUGGCCUGUCUGAUGCUGAUGUGUUGUGAAAUGGUUUAUGGCCUCAGCCCAGCCAUGAGUGCCAGGUCAGCCCCUGGAUGCCAGGGGCUGCUUUUCUCUUUCUCAAAGGGUUUGCACAUUUUUAAAGUUUGGGAAGCUCGUUGCCAAAUAGCCUUCCUCUAAGGUUGUACUGAUAGAUGGCCCUUUCCCUCCCCUCUCAGUAGUCUGUACAUUUUGGGGUGUGUGAUCCAGCCCUUGGGCUGCGCUCUUUCUGCCUGUCAGCCCAGCUUAGCGAGGAGGAGGGAAGAGACAUCCAGAAUAGUGGUUGGAGUAAACAGUAUAACUAUGAGAAAAUGUUUAUUGUUUUCCCUCCAUGCUGUGAUUACACUUGUUCUCAACUAAUUUGUUGUGCUGUCUACAAAGCCUCCAGUGAAAGAACAUUUCUAUUUGCUGUUACAGGUAAGUGUCUGAACUGAACAGACCCUGCCUGACUGCCAUCAAAAUUACAGUGCCCAGAGCAGAUCAACUCAGGGAAGCAGUCAAUUCCCCUGCAGAAUCCUGUCUUAACAGAGCUUAUGUCUCUCUGGAUAAGAGUAACUCAGGCUGAGAAGCGAGUGGUCCCAGAAUAUAAUGGAUCAUUCCUGUAGCUGGAGACCUAUGUCAUGGGUCUGACAAUGCCCAUUCUGUGCAACUACUAAGAAGGUUAGAGAAGAUGAUCGCAGCUGCUGGGCACAUGGUAAAGCUUAAUCAGUGGUGGAGAUGAUCAUGACAAUGAAGAUUAUAGGGACUUGGCAAAGAGGUGGUAAGGGUCUUUGUGGCCUGGGACUCUGGAGAAGUAGGCCAGCUCUCCUGGCCCCGAGGGGUUUGGCCAGGCCUGCCUCAUGUCCUGGGGGCAGGGGCCAAGCUAUAGAAAGAUUCCUCCAUCGGGAGAGGGGGUUUGCCUCAGUCCUCCUCCUACCCAGGGGCUGCACGUAGGUGCCUUUGUGGAUGGAGACGUAGAGGUUGGAUCAAGUUUGCACUGUGUGCAAUUAUAGCCCACACAAGCGAAUGGAAAACUAAAUCCCAGAAUCCCAGGCUUGGCCUCAGGCCCACCUCCAUGCUUGGCUGCCUCGCUGCCCCAGCAUCACCAGGCUGCGGCUCCGUUCCUGGGAUGCUCCAGAAAGUGGCGUGCAUCAGCUCACCCGUCUUGUUAGCACGCUUUGCAGUGGGCCCUAAGCAGUGUGUGUUUCUAUUCAACUGGCUUCUCUUUUGAAACCCUAAAGAACUGUGUCAAGGUGCGCAGGGAUAUGAGAUGGGGGAGGCACCCACGAGAGAGGGCUGGGGUGAUGACUGCGCUCUCUUCGCCACUCCCCCAUGGGUGAUCGGACUGGAAGGUGGAGAGGAAAGCUCACUGCAGAGGCUGCACCAGCCCCUGGUGAAGCACUGGGCUGCAGCAUCUCAGUUCUGCCACCUUCUAACUGUGACCGGGAUAGGUCACACUGUCUCUGGGCCCACGGUGAGGAUUCCAACUUAACCUCAAGGCCAUUGUGAGGUGUGUCUGGCCCCAGGACCCACAUGGGCUCAAAUGAGUCGCUUUUCCCCCCCGCACUUAUUUUCUCUCAUGCACGUGUUCACCCUCGGGAUGGCAGCUGAGAACUGUUUAUAUUAUUUUGCUUUGCUGAGUGGGAACUCAAGGGCAGGCACCUGACCCCAUUCGAGGCUUCCCCCUCCCCGCCGUGCCCCAGCAGCUUUGGGAUUCUCAGCAUUCUUAGGAACUUUGGUUUGCUAAGUCAGCUGAAAUCUUGAGCUUCUAACUUUUUUUUUCCUGGCUCAGCAUUUCCUCGGGGCUCUCAAAUUAAAGGUAGCUUAGUUGUGAUACGAAGAUUACCUUGUGAGGACAGGGAGUGGAUAUGAGUGGAGAGGGAGCUAGGAAAGACAGGGGUGGGCACUGAGGACGGCAGGGCCGGGACCAGGGGAUCUUGGGGAUUCCUUUUCUCAGCCGCUUGGGUGUAAGAUCUGAGGGGCCCAAGGGCCACGCCAGGGAACAUCCCCCUGUAGACACCUCCCCAUUCCAGGCUGCUGACCUGGGAGAGAGAAGCCAUCAGUGCUGUGCAUGGGACAGGCGAGGGAGGCGACGGGGACAGCAAGAACUGCCUGGCUCGCUGGUAAUUGCUCCUUUCAUCUACUCCUUGGCCCUGGUGGCCGUUGCUGGGACCAGUUGUAUACUACCACGAAACCUCCUGUCAUCUCACUCCCAAACCCGAAAUCCAGUGCACAACCAAGAGACAUUGCUCUAAGCUGAAGUGCACCUCUGGAAGCUACUAGAACAGCCAAAAGAUGCUCUUAACACACAUGCAUACAUGGAUGCAAUUGCAAAUGAGGACAUAGGCAGAUGAAGCCUGAGGAUUUGGGGGUUGACUCUCACUGAGGCUCUGUCCUGGGUUGCCCCAGGAGGAACAGGAAUGGAGGCACUUGGCACCCACAUUGGUCUCUGAGAUGCCAUCACUCACAUCUUCUCCUCAUCAGCCAGGGCCUUGGACACAGCCCCAGCCUGAACUGAAACCCGGCCCUGGAACAGGAAGUGCUUGGAACCUUCCCUGCUGUUGCCGUGGUGCUCACAACCACCCAGGAAACAAAAGGCAAGCUCCCCCUGUCAAAGCACCUUGGCCCAUAAGAAGAAAAGGGUGAGCCCCAGAUGUGAUGAGCACUCCCGGGCUUCAGGCUCAGAAGGUGCCCAGCCCCCGGCUCUCCUGUAACUCAGAGGCCAGUGUGAUGCGAGUUCCUCCACUCAGCAAGCUCCCGCUGUGAACACGCCUGUGGUGGGCAAGAGGGCUUGAGAACGGUAAGUACGAUGGGUACUUUUUGGCCACUUCAGAGACCAAGAAGGGUGUUUUAGGGACAGGUGCUGCUUAGACUUGGGUCCUUCUGGUCUACUUGGCAGGGAGGGAGUUUGGGGAAUCAGGAGGGGUCUGGGAGCUGAGAUACCAUUGUAGGUAGCUCCUGCCCACGCACAGAGACCUCGGCACAAGCUCUCAAAACACAUGAAGAGGCAGGUGGCCUGGUGGGAUGAAAAAAGAACACAUUUCCAGGCCAUUGAGAUAUCCCUGGAUUUGAAGAUCAGCUAAAAAAGUUCUUAGAUAUUGAUCUAAGAAAGCAGGAGCUUUGGGUCGCUGAGCGCCAUCCCCAGCCUCCCUCUCUCCGUAACUGAAGCGGUGCUCCGUGGGCAUAGCGAGUCCUGUGUGGGGUUUAUUCUGUGCUGACCAGGUCUGCUUCAGAAUGGAACCCUCUUCUCUCUUCUCAGAUUCCUUUAGGCCACGUUGAGGAUUCGGGGGUCUAUGUCUAGGGCAGUGGGAAGCUGGUGAAGGGUUUUAAGCUGAGGAGUUCAUCAGCCUGGCUCCUGUGAGGUAAAAGGAUCAGAAAAGCAUGUAUGUGUUCCCUGAGGUGGGAGAAGCCUCCUCAUGCAAGGUGGAAACUCAGCCAUCAAGGAAAACACACAUUGCUCUAAACCCAAGUGUACCUCGAAAGCUACUUGAACAGACAAAGAUGCUCUUAACACACAUGCAUACAGGGAUGCAAUAGCAAAUGAGGACACUGGCAGGAAAUGCUUGUUGGUGAAUGGAUGAACAUAACCAUGACUGUGAUGCAGGUGAAGUACUGUUUGGGGAACAAAGGGGAGGUCAACUGAGGUUCUUGGUCAUCAAGUGCCAUGGCUUCUGCUGGUUUUACCAGCUCGCCCACUUCUUCUCUUCUCUGAUGUUGCUCUGGGGAACUACCCAGUCACCAGUGCACAUUUUUCUUGGGAGAAUUAGUCAAGGUGUCUGCUCUCAGGGGCCAAAGAGUGGGCCCCUGAGCUAAGCCAGGCCAGCUGGGGCCUCUUGCUGAGAAUCUGGAUUGAACAGAACCCUGCAUAGAUGGACUGUGGGAGAGCCGACUCAUGCUAGAGGCAGCGCCUGACAACAGCCACCAACUGCUGGUGCAUGCCACCCAGGCCCCUGCAGCUGCUUCCUAUUCUUUCCCAGAGUUCUCCAGUUUCCUUUUGAGUCUAUGAGACCCUCCUCUCAUCACCAUCCUUCCAAUCUAUCUUAACCUCCCCCCAACUCCAUAAUCAAAUGGGUUUCUGUUGCUUGUAACCCAACUGCCCUGAUAAUGUUCAGAGAUAGCUGGAAAGUCCUUCCACUCGUCCUCUUUCAUGACCUGUAAGCCAGGGUGACCAUCAGUCUACAGGACUCCAGGGCAGCCCUGGCCUACAGUCAUUGUCUAGGCCUAAUCAUUAAUAUCAUCCCUUUAGUCCCCUGGUCUGAAUGAUCAAUUAUGUGAUCAGCCUACUUAUAGCUAUCUUUCGGUCUUCCUCACUUUGGCAGAGGAUUAUCUUCUGUUUUGCUUGAUCUGAGCCACUUUCCCAGAACAACAGCAGAGAUCUAUCUGUCUACUCAUCUGCUUACAAAAAAGCUAACAAACAAAUAAAAAACAGCAACAACAAGAUAUUCUCUUGAUUGAUAAAAAACCCACAUUCAAGGCUUAUUCAUUAUCGUUCCUGUGGCAAAAUAUAGAUUCUUUAGGCCAAUCUCCUCCAUAAUAUUUUGAAAAGUAUGGAAAAUUUCACCUUUAUCUCUUUUGUCUUCUAGGUUGCUUAUCUUUUCUCUCCUGUGUAAUCUCCACUUUCAUUCACGGUAAUGUCAAACACGCAGCACAGAGCUCGGCUGGAACGCCGGAUCGCUGGCUCAACCAACCGGUGGCGUUUCCCCAAACAGCCUUUUACUGGGGACCUGCUUUCACUUUCCCAGAUGUUCAAGGCUCUGAGCAUAGACUUUGAGGAAGCUCUGAGGAACCCAGACAGGUUACACAUUUCACAAAUUCAGAAGUUUUUCUGUGAGAAUUUCAAGAACAAGGACAUCCAAAGUGCAGAAGCAGAUGUGAUUCUCGAGUGCCUGGGCUUCAAAUGGGAACUCCAUCGGCCCCAGCUUUUUCAGUCUGAGACCUUGGCCAAGCUCUACCUGAAAGCCCUGACGCAGGGCACCACGUACCCCCUGAGGGAGCUGGAGGAGCUUCUGCGAGCUCAAUCACCUAAGAAGACCAAAGAAAAAUCCCCUGCAAAGAGGAUGAUCAUUUCCUUGAAGAUCAGUGACCCACUGGUCACUAAAGUCGCCUUCGCCACGGCCCUGAAGAACCUCUACGUGAGUGAGGUGGAGAUUAACUUGGAAGAUGUACUGGGGGUGCUGGCUUCCGCCCACAUCCUCCAGUUCAGUGGCCUGGUUCAAAGGUGCGUGGAUGUGAUGAUAACCAGACUCAUGCCAAGCACCAUCAAGAACUUCUACGAGGCCGGCUGCAAGUACAAGGAAGAGCAGCUCACCACCGCCUGCGAGAAGUGGCUGGAAAUGAACUUGGUUCCUCUAGUGGGGAUGCAGAUCCACCUCCGCAAAAUCCCGCAGGACCUGCUCCACAAAGUGCUGAAGUCCCCCAGGUUGUUUACCUUUAGUGAAUUCCGUCUUCUGAAAACAAUGCUUUUGUGGGUCUUCUUGCAACUAAACUACAAGAUUCAGGCAAUUCCAACUCAUGAAACCGUGAUGACAUUUUUUAAGAGCUUUCCUGAGAACUGUUGCUUUCUGGACCGGGAUAUAGGACAGAGCUUGAGGCCACUCUUCCUCUGCUUGCGUCUGCACGGCAUCACCAAAGGCAAGGAUCUGGAAGUGCUGCGGUACAUUAACUUCUUCCCAGAGUCGUGGCUGAACCGGGUUACGGCCAACCACUACCACGCACUGGAGAAUGGGGGCGACAUGGACCAACUGAAAGAUCUUAACACCCAGGCUAUGAGAUUUGGGCUGCUUUUUAACCAGGAGAAUACAACUUAUUCGAAAAUGAUUGCUGUAUAUGGAUUCUUCUUUAAGAUAACGGGACUCAAACAUGAUACUACUACUUAUAGUUUUUACAUGCAGAGAAUAAAGCACACAGACCUGGAAUCCCCCUUCGUGGUCUACGAGCACAAGCCCGUCAGCCUGCGAGCGGCACGCAUGGUGAAGUAUGAGAUCAGAGCCCAGGCCCUGGUUGACGGCAAGUGGCAGGAGUUCAGGACAAACCAGAUCAUGCAGAAGUUUGGGUUGACCAAGCCAUCCUGCAAAAGCCAUGCAAGUGUUCAUGUUGUCUUUUUCUUUUAUUUCCUUUUUGCUGUUUCUCUCCCCCAUCCUUUUGGGGAUCCCUGGCUUCUAAUCUCCAGUGCUCUACACUGAAGAUCCCUGGAAAAUCUGGCUCAGUUUCUUAAGGAUUAUCACAGCCUCAAAUAACGCUAAAGAGAAAUCUCUUCUAGAAUGAAAAAUCAUGGAUAUGAAUAACUAUAACCCAAAUCAGACUGCCUGAUUUGGGUCACACUAGAUCUAUUUUAUAAGCAUCAAAGGGUAUUUUUUUUUUUAGGUGAGCAGGCUCCGUGGAGCGUAUUUGCCGUCACUACCUCCACUGAUGCCUGUGAGUGACACAUUAAUUUCCCUGAAAUCCACAGCCCAGACUCACCUGCCUCACUCUGGCCCACUGGGGAAGGACGGGGCCCAUCUACCUCAGUAGGUGGUUGCCAGCAUCUAGGCAGAUCCACUGCCUGGCCUGGCUUCUGACCAGAAUAAGACUUUGCCACAAGCCAGUGAGUAAUUCCCAGUCCUGACUGCAUGUCAGAAUCACCUGGGGGCUUUAUAACUACCAAGGCCAGAGCCCCACCCAGAUCACCAGACUAGAUAGAUACUCCAUGGGUCAGGCCUGAGUAUCAGUAUUUUUAAAAGCUUCCAGGUUAUUUUCUAUGAUGUUAGAAAUCACAGUAGCAAUUUCCUUUGUGGGGGCAAGGGAGAGGGUCUGGGAAAUUAACUGACAGAGAACAUGAAGGAGAUUUCUGUGGGGCUGGAAAUAUUUGUCUUUGUUUUUUUUUUUUGAGAUGGAGUCUCACUCUGUCA